AUGAGUUUAAAACCGUUCACCUACCCUUUUCCAGAGACAAGGUUCCUUCAUGCAGGACCCAAUGUGUAUAAAUUCAAAAUCAGAUAUGGUGACAGUAUCAGAGAAGAAGAAAUAGAGGACAAGGAAGUCAUCAUCCAGGAGCUGGAGGAUUCUAUCCGUGCAGUCUUGGCAAACAUGGACAGCCUGCAGCCCUUUGUUACAGAACACUUCACUGUAUUUCCCUAUAAAAGCAAGUGGGAGAGAGUUUCCCACCUGAAGUUUAAACACAGAGACAUCAUCUUGACUCCCUACCCAUUUGUUUUCACUCUGUAUGUCGAGAUGAAAUGGUUUACUGGAAAUAUGCCUACAGGAAAACCAACAGAUGAUAGCCCUCUUGAGUUGGUCCUAGCUGAGAAGAAAGCAGAAGAAACCACAAUGCGGAAACGAAAACUUGUGGAGGAGCCCAACUCCCCUAGCAGACCAAGACCAUACAGGGCCAAGAUAGAGACUUCUAGUGAAGCCUUCAGUAAUCAGAAGCCCCUUAAGAAAAACCAGAGGAACAGGGAAGGAGAAACCCAGCGAGAAUACCAAGAUACCCCAGUUUUUGAUGCCUCUGAUGUCCAGGAACAGGAUUCUAAGUUGGAGCAUAGCCUGCUAGAGCUGGUUGUCCCUCCCCUGCAACAUAGCAACCCACCACCACCCAAAGAACCAGGAUCCAGUGGCUUCUUUGGGUUUCUAAGCACUCUCUUCCCCUUUCGGUGUUUCUUCAGGAAGAGCAGUCAGUGAGCCUGCCAGGCUCUACAGCGGUGGCGGUGGUUGGUUGGAAAGAGGACUUUCUCUUGCAGUGACUCCACCUGAGCUGUACCAAACAUCCUUUGCUUCCAUUUUCUUCCUUUUUUCUCUUGUUUAUUUUUGAGACAAGCAUUAUUGUUAAAUGGCCUAGGCUGGCUUCAAGUGCUCCAUCUGUGUCCUGGGCUCCCAGUUGCACCACCACACACCAUCCUUUUCCUGUAAUUCCUGGGUCAUGUGGAUGAGGGCACAUGAAUCCUCACAGGAGUUUAUCCUGUUGUUUGCCUUUGUUUUUUACAAAUUUAAAACCCUAAGGAUGGGCCUGGAGAGACACUAGUUAAGAGGGCAGACUGCUAUUGCAGAGAGCCUGAAUUUGGCUCUCAGUACUCACAUCAAGGGGUCCUCAGGAACCUCUAACCGUCAGGAUCCAACACCCUCUUCUGGCCUCUGCAGGCACUUGCACUCCGCCCCUCCCGAUUACAAUAACAACAACACUAAGGUCCUGCGAGGUGGCUUGAUAGGUAAAGCAACUGUACUCAAAGCUAAUAACCUGAGUUCAACCUCCAUAUGUGUACCAUGACUUGCACAUUCACACAAAA